AUCUAUAACUUAUAAAUCUAACACCGAUGAGCUGUGCCGAGAGUCAUUCAUAUAGAUAGAUAUAUGUGAAUUUCAACCAAUCUAAGGUUUCCUAACAUAAUCCAUGUGUCGACAUUUACAGGUUUCGAGGGCAGUUUGCGAUCUGAUCGAAAGUUAAAGGUAUGUUUGAACACCAAGAAGUUCGAGAUUUUAUCAGAGAAGACUAUGUCCACAACACUACAGACUGCCCCAUCGUCACCUCUUCAGGUUCUGCCAUUAGUAUGCCCCUAACUCGUUUCCAUAGAUACCACGGAGAGAACAUUAUUUUGUGUGAUGACAACAUGGUUGCCUUCCGGAAGGCCAGUUUUGCUCAUGCUAUUGUUUUCUCAGAGAGGCCGUUACUUCCUGGUGAACUAUUCCUCUUGGAAAUAGAGAAGACAGAACGUGGAUGGAGUGGUCAUAUGAGGCUUGGUCUGACCCAGCUUGACCCUUCUUCAGGCUUCCCAUUACCCCAGUAUGCACUGCCAGACCUAGCUAACAGAGGAAAGUCAUGGAUGGUUGCCAUUAAUAACUCUGAUAUUGACUCUAGUGACCAUUCACCGUUUAACACCCUCGACCAGCAUCCACCUGCAUUGGGUUACAAAGAUAG